AUGGGUGACGGUGUUGCAUUUUCCGUCGAUCUUGAAGCCGAAAGCGAGAUUUUCUCGAUGCUUCUCGGUGAGUUCCUCGUCGACCUAACAACUCCUGGAGACAAUCAUUCUGAGCUCGUUAAUGAUAGCGCAGUAUUCUCGAUUUUCCAGAACGGGGAGCUUAUCUACCCAGCUGCCCCUGGCGCAUCAAGAAGACGCCGAUCAACUGAUAAUUCCGACAACCUUCUUGGAAACGAAGAAGUCAAAGCUCUUCUUCUCAUGCAGAUCAUGACCAAUCAGCAAAGCGUCGGAGUCGAUAACAUUCUUCCAUUUGUUCUUCUUUCCGAUGAUAGAACUGGCAAUGUUCAUAAAUUCGUGCUCUUUAAUGCCAUGAGCGGUGGUCUCAGUACACAACAUGGAUUCGACGCCAAUUUCCUCAUCCUCUACAAACUAAUGGAAGAUUCUUCGGCCAAAUCCUCGGACAAAUCGGACAUUGCUUUGAUUCUCUUCGCAAUGCAGUCGCAGAACCCAAGUUCCUCGCUUGACUCGAUGUCUCUCAUCCCCUUCCUCUUGAUGGACGAUAAUUCAAACAACGAAGAGCUCAUCUUGUUCUUAGAAAUCUCUCGGCAGCGAAAUCGAGCUAACUGCGCCCAUAAUAGGCAAUAUGUUCCUCAAAUUCAGCAACCCCGAUUCGUCCGGCCAGCUCAAAAUGCUCCUGUCAUAACAAUUCCAGUUCAAGAAGUUUCAGAAGACAAAUGGAACUCUGAAAGCCUAACCAAUUUCCUUCAGCAAAAUCCAGCCAACAGACUCUACUAA